AUGGCAGAAUUCUGCUACAUUCUGGAUGCCUCUGCCCUAGAAAAGGGUGUUGGUCACAUCAAAAAGUGGUGCGAUCAAGAGAAUAAGCGUAGUGACGUUGCGCUCAGCUUGUACAUCCCAUCGUACACUCUGCAAGAGCUUGAUUUUCUAAAAUUCCGCAGAAACAGUCCUACCGCACGCGAAGCGCUGCAUUUCAUCGAUCACACGACAACGUGCCAGGACGGUCCAGAGAUCAUCAUUGAGUUUCCAGACUUACUAGACACAAUCGUUUGGUCCGAGGUGCUGGCGUUCCAAACCCAAGAAUUACCGGAAUAUGACCUCACGGGGGCCACACAGCGCAGCUUACUGCGGCGUUACAAGAUGCUGCUCAAAAGUUGCGUCUACAAGUGUCAUCUCGAAGGCCGAAACGACAAGACUUGGAUUCUCGUGACCGAAGACUCCACCGUGCGCCGUCUCGCGAAUGCAUUCCAGAUACCGUAUUGCUCUGUCGUGGCUGCGGACGGCGACAUUUCUCGCCAGGUCGACAAACGGUCACAUCGACGCAACGUCAAAUUUAACAAAUAUCUCAAGAAAAAAAGCACUAAGGAGGUGACUAACGGCAAAGAAGUUUACAAGACGAAUUUCAGCGACAUGAUGUACGCCCCUCGCGGUGGCGGCGAACUGUGGUCGCCAUGA